UCCGGACCGCUGGGCUAGAAACCAGCCCCCCACUGCCCGCUCUCCUGCAGCCGCCUCCGGCCUGGCUACCAGCGCACGGACGGUGAGAGGAAGUGACGCUAUGAGCCACAUGGAGGAGAACUUCAGCCCCGAGGAGGCUCGGUCGCAGCUGGUGACGAAGCGUAAGCUCCUUAAAAUGCUGAGUUUAAGUCCCGGGCGCAGCCAAGUGUGCGGAACGGAAGUGCGGGAGAAGAAAAUCCCUUCGAUGACGUGGCCGGUGAAACCGGUGCAUGCGAUCAAGAAGCGCAAGGUCUUCCUGGUGCACCGGGGCACCCAGACCGAGGAGAUCCCCGACAUCUGCAUCGAGUGCGGGAAGGUCUUCAUCCAGAAUUCGAGCCUCAUCGACCCCUGGCCGGUCCAGCCCGACGACAAACCCCACAAGUGCUCCGAAUGCGGGAAGAGCUUCGCCGUCCGCUCCAGCCUGAACCGGCACCAGAGGAUCCACACGGGGGAGAAGCCCUACAUCUGCCUCGACUGCGGCAAGCGGUUCAACGACAAGUCCAACCUGACGCAGCACCAGAGGAUCCACACCGGCGAGAAGCCCUACGAGUGCAUCGACUGCGGCAAGAGCUACAGCCGCAGCUCCCACAAGAAGAAGCACUUGCGGGACUCGGCCGAGGAGCAGCAGCAGCAGGAGGAGGAGCCGUGCGCCCCGCAGGCGGACGGAGCGGACUCAGCCUGCGAGAAGCCCAAGGCGAAGCAGAAGCCCGAGGUACUGAACACCUGCACCGAGUGCCUGCGCAGCUUCAACCACAACGCCGACCUCAUCAAGCACAUGCGCAUCCACACCGGGGAGAAGCCCUACAAGUGCAACAUCUGCGAGAAGAGCUUCAAUGUCAGCUCCAACCUCUUCCGGCACCAGCGGAUCCACACGGGCGAGAAGCCCUACGUGUGCUCCGAGUGCGGGAAUUGCUUCACCGACAAAUCCACCCUGGUGCAGCACCACCGCAUCCACACCGGGGAGAAGCCUUACGCCUGCCGCUUCUGCGGCAAGUGCUUCAGCCACAGCUCCCACCACAAGAGACACGAGAAGAUCCACAACAGAGAGAACCCCUUGUUCGCCUACCCCAUCCCGCUGUUUUAACAGGGUUGCUCUUGGCAGCUGGAGCGGGUAGAUAGGGAACUCUGUGCCUCGGGGAGCUUAACUAGCGGGUUUUUUUUGUUGUCGUUUAAAGGAACAGCGCAGGAGCCGUCUUAAAAAGAUUUCGCCAGUCUGACUUCAAACACCACCGCAAGGUUUGCCACUCAUGGCAGGUACUGGAUAUCAAUAGUCUAUAGGAUCUUCAGUAAGAUCCGUAUGAUUUUAGGCUACAGUGAACGCUUAAAAUCUGGUUGGCUCCGGUGCGGACGUCGAUAAUCCCAGAUAAAUUUUGUGCUUUUCUGAAAACAUCCCCGCUUUGGGGAUAUAAACCGUUGAGAAGCAGGCAGAUUUAUGUGACUGUCGGCAUUAGCGGGCUGUCGGAAAAUGUAUUGGGUCGUCAACGUUGUUCAGUAUCAACAAACAGGAAUAUUGUGAGUUCUUAGGAAUAUUGUAUGUGACUCUCCUGCAGCCCUUGCUAAUGUGCCUUCAAGAUGUUUUGAGAGACUCGCCUGGAAGCUGUCCGAAAACAUCUGGAGGGCGACACGCCAGCGCUUUAGUUUUAUUAAAGGCACUAUAGGACUAUUUAUUUGAUAUCCAGUAACUGCGAGUGAACCUUCAGGUGGUUUUGUUACUUUGGCUCACUGGGCCGGAACCUUUCGUUUCUGCGGCUCUUCUAACUACCUACACAAACCAGGCCGCAGGUCCUUUUGAAGAGAAGACUCCUAGUCUCUAUGCAAAGACUCUUUUGAGUGAUGGAGAAUCUGCCCUUAGGAAGGUAAUGCUGGUCGCAAAUUAACCUCAGUAGCCUUUUGCUUCAGGGCUUCACUUUCUCGGGUAGUAGCUCCCGGCCACGGGAUCACACUCUAAUUUUUGUCCGCUAAGUCAGGAUGUCCCAAAUCGCAUAGGUAGGAAUCGCAUAGGUUUCUACAGAGGAUCGGUUUUACAGUUGACUCUUUGGUAAGCUCAAAUGGGUUUUAAGUUCUCUUGAGGCCUCUGUAACAAGGCACAUUUCCCCCAGGCCUCGGGGUUUCCCCCCUGCCCUUUGCUGCUCAUUCUCCACGGUGCGGCUGCGACAAAUGGACAUCUGGCGGCAGAAGAGCCACGUUUUCCCUAUAGCGACAGGAAGACAAAUUUGUGCUGUGGCACUUUAAGAGACUUAAGUGGUUUGUUGUGGCCUGCUACUACUAAGCAGCAGACACCACCGGAGGUUCACACAGUGGGCUGGAAAUGGUGGAGGCGGUGUGUUUAUCUGUGUGUGUUUUUGUGCGUGUGUAUGUAUAUAUUAUAUUUAUAUAUUUUAUAUAGGUACACAUGUACAUGCACACACAAGUUGAAAAGCCAAAUUAAACAAGGAGAGGACUGAAAGUAGCUCAACGUGCUCGGAUUAGUGGACCACUGAAAGGUAUGAGCGCAACACCGAAUGAAAGGGAAGGCCGUCUUGCUUCCUUAGAGAGCUAGCCACUUGUAAUCCUUAGUCAAGCCCUGAGAAAUCUCAAAUCAGGUUCGUUGACGGAUUCCAGCUCCUGUUCGGUUUUAGUGUAUCGCAGCCCGACGGACAGAGAUGGAGGGGUCCAGGACGGCUGCAGUGGUCGCCCCAUUGAAUUGAUCUCCCUGUAUGUCCCCAUUUUGUCAUGUCCCGAACGGUGUUCCCGCCUGUUCAGAUCUAGCCAGUGGUCCCCCCCCUUGCCCUACCCAGGUGGGAGAAGAAGUUAUUUGAAUCUCAGCUCAUCCAUGGACCAAGUGGGCAGAGACCUCUGCUCCUCCUCUGUUUUAAAAGGAAAGAAAAAAUGAAACACGCAAAACUUGUGAAUUUAGGGAAGCUCCUUAAACUGGGUAGUCGCGGCGGUUAACUAUCAAAGGAGAAAGGCAAAUGUCGCGAUCCGGCCUGCGCUUUACAGAGAAGGAGGGGCUGUCAAAUCUAGAUCUGACGGAGGUAGCCUGAUACGAAACUGUAAAAGUAACACAAAGGGGGAAGUUUGGAAUUAGCUGUCCAUAGAAGACUGUUUGCUAUAUCCAAGUAAUUUUUUGUGGUUAGCUUUUAUCCUUUCUGUAGGUGAACCUUUAUGAAAAUGUUUGUUAUUUAAUCGAGUGUCUGAUAGGAAACCUCUAACCUUUGACCUAUUGUAGCAGUUGAUUCUACAGGUUAAUUAAACACUUUGUACAAUU